UAAAUAUGUUUUUUAUUUAUUAUUAUUAUUUUUUUUGCUUAUUUGAUUUGUGGGAUUUCUUGUAAUUGUGCAUUUUAUUGUGGUUAUUGGCAGUUACUACAGUUGAUUCUGGUAGCAAAGCAUUGGAAUUUCUUGGGUGGCAUAGAGAUGAAAGGAGCAACUCUAGUGGAACCUCUGUUUCUCCAAAAACCCAUCAGGAAGUGGAAGUCAACCUUGUAAUAACAGAUUAUUGUAUGCCUGGGAUGACAGGCUAUGAUUUGCUCAAGAAAAUGAAGGAAUCUUCAUCUCUGAAAAAUAUUCCUGUGGUUAUUGUGUCCUCUGAGAAUGUGCCAUCAAGGAUCACCAGAUGCUUGGAAGAAGGGGCAGAGGAAUUUUUUCUGAAGCCAAUGAAGUUGACAGAUGUGAACAAAUUGUGGCCCUAUAUGUUGAGAACCAAAGGCCAAAAUAAUGUGCUAAAGCCUGAAAACAUGGAAAAGCAAGAAAGCAAUCAAGAAGAUGAAAUCACACCAAUACCAAUACAAAUCCAAUUACAGACAGCACAAUCUUUGCAACAACAACAGUUGGAGCAAACUCCACAAACAAAUGAUGGUGAUAAUAAUAAAAAUAAUAAUGUUGCAAAUAACAAAAGGAAGUCCAUUGAUGAUGGGCUCUCAACAGACACCCCAAGGCCCAGAUACAAUGGGCUCACUGUAGUGUUCAAUUAAUUAUGUAUGCAUAGUCUUUUUUUUUUUUAGUAUUUUCCUAUUGUAAUCUUAUUUCUUUCUUUUUUAUUUUUCUUUUGUUCUUCUUUCUUUUUUAUUGGCUAUUUUCUAAUGUUUUUAGUUACAUAUAGGAGCAAAAAGUGGGUGUCAU